AUGAAAUCAUGUUAUCAAAAACGUUUAAUUCAGGAUUGUCAUUGUGUUGAUCCUAGUUUUGUCACUCAUGAUGAUAUUCGUACAUUUUAUGGUAUAAAUAACAAUCAACCAAUUGCAUGUGAUAUUACACUUCAAAUGCAAUUUGAUUGUGUUAGAAAGUCACUGGAAAAUUCAACAAACAGUGGCGUUUGCGAGAAACAAUGCCCACAACCAUGUCACGAACAAGGAUACGUAUCACGUGUAACCACAUCAUUGUGGCCACGUACAAGCUAUUAUAAUCGUGUCAAAGAUCUUUGGGAACGACAGUUUCCAUCUAUGGAAACAAUGCAUGAAGCACGAGAAGCUAGAACAAAUUUAGCAAAACUUGAAGUCUACUAUGAAGAAUUAAAUUAUGAGUCAAUAGUCGAGUCACCAUCACAGGAUGUCUGGGAUCUGUUAUCAAACAUUGGUGGCACUUUGGGCCUCUAUGUUGGUAUGUCUUUCUUGACACUUGGUGAAUUUGCUGAACUAUUCUUCAGAUGUAUUGCAGUUCCACAUAAAACAGUUUAG